CAUGCUGACCGCGGGCAGAAGUUUUGGAGAGAGAGAGAGAGGGGGGCAGUUUUGAGCGUUGUUUGGGUGACCAAAUAUAUCCAUUGCCCCUCUCCCAAAACUGGGUCAGCCUUGGAUUUGGGGUAAAAAGCCGAGAGAGAGAGAGAGAGAGCUCCCCUGCACUUUAUUCUCUUCAAAUUCGAUACUUUGCUGUACUCGGAACGUGUCUUAGGAGAGAGAAGACCCAUCCCCCCUCUUAUUUUCUCUCUCAACCAUCCCCCACUCUCUCUCUCUUUCUUUGUCUCCUACAUUGUCUUGUUCUAAAAAACAUAUCAGAAUCUCCUAGUAUUACUUUCACGCAUCAGUGUUGUCCCUCUCUGUUCGUUACCCUUUGAAUUUCUCUGUUUCUUUCUUCUAUCCCAUGUUUUUAUCUCAAAUAUACAUACAAGAGAAAGACAAAUUAAACCCCCCAAGUUAGAGAGUUCUUUCGAUUUGCAUACCCAGAAACCGAAAUGCCAAGUGACUGGGAUUUUCUUCUUCUUCUCUUUGUCACCUGAAGAAACAGAGUACUCCAUUCUCUCUCUUUAAGACUAGUGAAUAGAGUUUAUUUUCUCUGUUCUUGGCCCUUCUAUUCUAUAGAGAGAUCUUCUGUUUCAAUAAUUUGGUAUAGUUUCAUCACAUUCUGAGCAGAACCCAGAAGGGUCAAUUGAUAGUUUUUCAAGACCCUUUUUCUGUACAUCAGCGAUAUCUCUAUGUGAAGUUGUGGAACAAUGAGAGAUGUGAACUCCAAGAAAAGCAAGCUUUCAUGGCCCAAGACCCUGGUCAAGAAAUGGCUCAAUAUCAAGAGCAAAACAGAGGACUUCCAUGCUGACGAUGUCGUAUACGGAGGUGGUGAUGAAGAAUGGAAGAACAAUUUCUCAGAGAGGGAGGCAUGCACUAUCAAGAAAAGCAAAGCAGAUAGAUCCAGUAGGAGGAACUCUGAUCGAGUCCGGCGCGGUAAGAAUGAUCCAGAGGCUUCCCAAGUUAUAGAUGUGCAUAAUUAUAGGAUCUUCGUGACUACAUGGAAUGUGGCUGGCAAAUCUCCCCCAAGUUAUUUGAAUCUUGAAGAUUGGAUUCAUGCCUCGCCUCCCGCUGACAUUUAUGUUCUUGGGUUUCAAGAAAUUGUUCCUCUAAAUGCCGGUAAUGUUUUGGGCACAGAAGACAAUGGCCCAGCAAGAAAAUGGCUAUCACUCAUCCGAAAGACUUUAAACAGUCUUCCUGGCACAAGUGGUGGCUGCCACACACCUUCACCAAUUCCUGAUCCUAUUGUGGAACUAGAUUCAGACUUUGAGGGAUCAACAAGACAAGAGGCCUCAUCUUUCUUCAAUCAUCGCUCAUUUCAGUCCUUGAGUCGCAGCAUGAGAAUGAUGGAUAAUGAGAUGUCAAUGCCACAUCCCCGACUUGAUCGUCGAUACAGUGUUUGUGAUCGUGCUAUCUUUGGGAACAGAACAAGUGAUUAUGAUCCAAAUUUUAGAUGGGGUUCAUCAGAUGACGAGAAUGGGGGUGGAGAUUCGCCAGGUAUCACAUACUACUCGCCAAUCUCAUACAGUGGGUCUAUUUCAAUGGAGGACAGAGAAAGACAGCCGGGGCAAUCAAGAUAUAGCUUGGUUGCUAGUAAGCAAAUGGUUGGGAUAUUCCUUACAGUGUGGGUAAAGAGUGAUCUAAGAGACGAUGUUCGCAACAUGAAAGUUUCUUGUGUUGGAAGAGGAUUGAUGGGCUAUCUUGGAAACAAGGGUUCGAUUUCAAUUAGCAUGUCGUUGCACAAAACAAGCUUCUGCUUCAUUUGUAGUCAUUUGACAUCUGGGCAGAAGGAGGGUGAUGAGCUGCGAAGAAACUCUGAUGUCAUGGAAAUUCUUAGGAAGACAAGGUUUCCACGUGUUCAUGGUAUGAAGGACGAGAAUUCACCUCAAACAAUCCUGGGGCACGAUCGAAUUAUUUGGCUUGGGGAUUUGAAUUACCGGAUUGCACUCUCUUAUCGUUACGCAAAGGCUCUUGUUGAGAUGCGCAACUGGAGGGCGUUGCUAGAAAAUGACCAGCUUCGAAUAGAGCAGAGACAGGGACGUGUUUUUGAGGGAUGGAAUGAAGGAAAGAUUUACUUCCCUCCCACUUACAAGUACUCAAAUAAUUCAGACAGAUAUGCGGGGGAUGAUAUGCACCCUAAAGAGAAGAGAAGAACACCUGCAUGGUGUGAUCGGAUAUUGUGGUAUGGUAGAGGCCUUUAUCAAACAUCUUAUGUUCGUGGAGAGUCAAGAUUCUCGGAUCACAGACCAGUCUAUAGCAUAUUUUUGGCUGAGGUUGAGUCUAUUAAUCGUAGUCGAACCAAGAAAGGUAUCGGUUGUUCUAGUUCUAGGAUUGAGGUUGAGGAAUUAUUGCCACAGUCGCUUGGAUACAAUGGCCUUAAUUUCUAUUAAGGAAUGAAUCCACAUUUUAAGGGCAAGGAACGAUCUGUUUUUUGUUCACCAAGAUACAAAAGCAGUUUUAGUGCUUCAGAAUGGAUUUGAGGCAAAUUCCGAAACCCAUGAGAGAAAUUCAAUUUUUCCCAUCAAUUCAACCUGAUCUUGACUCCUCUUUCAAUAAGAUUGCAGAAUGAAACUCGGCCUCGUUGAUGAUAGAGAUGUUUGGUUGCCUGCACUCCAAAGAACCUUGUUAGUCAAGUCCUCCUACCCAAGAAGAGGGAAAAUUGAAAGUCUCCUAAUCAGAGAAAAAUAGUGCAUUGUAAUUAGGUAAAAAAGGCUAAUUUAUUAUUCUUCGCAUUGUUUGUAAUGAUAUCACUUUAUGAGUUUAAUGACACUAUACAAAAUUUUACUUUAUCUGCUGUCUAACUUUUUUUUUACUUAAUGGU